AUUUACAUUUCCAUUUAUAAUCAUCAUCAGCUCUUUAUUUCUCUGCUCAUCGCAACGUUGGACCCCAAAAGAGCUCCGUUUUUGAGAAUUGAUCUGCUAUAGUGAAGUCUACUAUAGUUGAUCCUAAUGGGGCCAAGCGGAGAACCCACCAUGGAAACUAACACAAAUGACUGGAGAACUCAAUUGCCACCUGAUGCACGCCAGAAAAUCAUUAACAAGAUAUGGGAAACACUAAAGAAGCACAUUCCAUUUUCUAAACCAGAGGGAGAUAACGAGCUCAGGAGAAUUUCUAUCAGGUUCGAGGAGAAAAUUUACAGCGGUGCUGUUGACAAGAAUGAUUACCUUCGGAAAAUAUCUAUGAAGAUGCUGUCUAUGGAGGCUAAAUCUCAAAAUGCAGCUGGUUCCGUUUCAUCUAUCCCUGCUGCUGAUGACAGCCUACCCUUGGAUCUGCGCCAUCUUGUUAUAGACAAUGGCAAUUCAGAGCCUUGUCUCCCGAAGGAAGAACCUGCCAUGAACAUAAGUGAUUGGAGAACUCAUCUGCCACCGGAUUCACGCCAGAGGAAUGUCAACAAGCUAAUGGAAACACUAAAGAAACAUGUUCCAUAUUCUGGGCAAGAAGGAAUCGACGAGCUCAUGAGAAUUGCUGUCAGCUUCGAGGACUUGAUUUUCAACACCGCUAUAAAUCAGGAGGAUUACUUGCGCAAGAUAUCCUUAUAGAUGCAGACGAUGGAAGAGGGCGACUAAGCAAAUUGCGUUGUAAUCGGUCAUUUGCGUUUGAAAAGUUCAGGAUAUAUCUAUGUUAUGUAUCUAAAGAACAAACCUUGAAACCUCUAAAGGUGAAGGCAUGAAUAAAAAAAUGUUAAUUGCGUUUGUAUAUGACAUGGACAACCUUGACUGUUUUGUAGCUUGUAACGAUGAAAUCAAUGAAUGUUUUACGACGCUA